AAUUUUCAUGAAUUAAUUAGUUGAAUUAGUGAUGGGAUACGUUAGAAUAACCAAUCCGGUCUUCUACGAAAAAAAGAAAAUCUCCCGGUUUGAACCGUAUCCCAUAGAAUACCCAACUAAACCGGAUUAAUCACGGUUUAACGUUGCAACACAUUUCAGAUCGACGACCCAAAUCUCAAAUCUCCGAAUCUCAGAGAGAAGAUAAUGGCAGGCGGCGGUAACAGAGCGGAGGCGGAUCGGUGGCUCGUAACCUCAGAGAAGCUACUCGCGUCCUCCGACCUCCACGGAGCCAAAUCCUUCGCGAUCCGCGCCUGCGAAUCCGACCCGACCCGAGCCCAAGCCGCCGACUACAUCCUCGCGAUCUGCGACAUCCUCAUCGCCGGAGAGAUCCGCGUAACCGCCUCCAACCUCCCCGACUGGUACUCCGUCCUCCGUCUCGGGCGGUUGACUCAGAGCCCCGAGCACGUCGCGACUCAGUACCGCAGGCUCGCUCUCCUCCUCAACCCCUCCGUCAACCGCCUCCCCUUCGCCGACAAGGCCUUCGAACUCGUCUCCGACGCCUGGCGCGUCCUCUCCGAUCCGAUUCGCAAAUCGUCCUACGACCGCGCGCUUCAGCCGAGUCAACUCGGUCAACUCGGUGGAGCGAGUCAACUCGGAGGGAGUUUCUGGACGGCGUGUCCGUACUGCUUCGUGCUCUUCGAGUACCCGAGGGACUACGAGGAGUGCGUGAUGAAGUGUCGAGAUUGUAAAAGAGCGUUUCAAGCCGUGAGGAUUCAGAAGCCUCCCGUCGUCGUUGAAGGAGAAGAAGAUGUUUACUUCUGCUCGUGGAGUGUGUUUCCGUUAGGAUUCUCCGGUGAGUUUAAUCAAGCUCCAGCAACGAGGACCAGGUGGUCGCCUAUCUCGCCUCUCAUCGCGUGCCCCAAGAAGAGGAAAGAACCUGCUUCUCCGAGAGUCUUUUACGAUGAUGAGGAUGAUGAUGAUGACGUGUACGUUGCGAUCUCUGAUGAUGAUGAUGAGGUGGCAGUGGAUACUGGUAAAGGGAAAGGGAAAGAACCGGUUGUUGUGUCUAGACCGGUUCAUCAUAAUAAUGGUAGUAGGAAAAGAAGUGGAGCUGGAGGAGGUAAGAGCGUGGGGAGGUUGGAUUUGAAUGUGGAGCUGAGUAAUGACGUGGAGGAGGGUGGUGGGGUUAGUGGGAGAAGGGAGAGCAACAGGGAGGUGGAUAAUAUUAUCGAAGGGAUUGGCUUCUUUGAGGGGCUUGAUGAGUUUUUGAGUAGCUUGCCCAUUCUUUCUGUUGUUGGUGAUGAUAAGAUCAAGGCUACUUAGUCAAAACUGUUUCUUCUUUUGCUUUAGAUUGACUGUGUUCUGUUCUGUUCGUUGUAGGCUUUAGUCUUCAUGUUGUUGGAAUCGAAUCUGUUGAUGUAUAUGGCAAAACUUUCACUCUUUUUGCAUCA